GCCGGGGGGCGGGGGCUGUCGUCAUGGCUGCGAGGAGGCGGGAGCGCGCGGUCGGCGGAGGUGCAGAGCAAAGCCGUGGGUCGGGGGCAGGAGAGACGGGUCUGUGAGCUGCAUUCAUUCAGCCGGCGGAGUCUUAGCGCGCCAAGAUCCAGCUAGAAGCUGUUAAGUCAUUUUUUACUGAAAAAGCAUUGAGCUAGGAGCCAAGGCUCCCCACAUCACUAAUUUGAUAUUGUGCAAGUUACCUUACCUCUCUGAAUCUCAGUUGCCUCAUCUGUAAAAAAGAGAUAAAAAUUCCUCAUCUAUCUAAAGAUGAGGUGGAGGACCAUCCUCCUACAAGAUUGUUUUCUCUUGGUUACAUGUCUACUUCCUAGUCUUGAAGCUGUGCCUAUAGACAUAGACAAGACAAAAGUAAAAAAUGCUCAACCUGUGGACAGUGCAAAGAUAGAACCACCAGAUACUGGACUUUAUUAUGAUGAAUAUCUUAAGCAAGUGAUUGAUGUGCUGGAAACAGAUAGUCAUUUCAGAGAAAAACUCCAGAAAGCAGACAUAGAAGAAAUAAAGAGUGGGAGGCUAAGCAAAGAGUUGGAUUUAGUAAGUCACCAUGUGAGGACCAAACUUGAUGAGCUAAAAAGGCAAGAAGUGGCAAGGUUAAGAAUGCUAAUUAAAGCUAAAUUGGAUUCCCUUCAAGAUACAGGCAUAGACCACCAUGCUCUUCUAAAACAAUUUGAUCACUUAAACCACCUGAAUCCUGACAAGUUUGAAUCUACAGAUUUAGAUAUGCUAAUCAAAGCGCAUUUUAAAAAAAUUUAUUCACAGGGAAGCAAAGAUCAACUAAAAGAGGUAUGGGAAGAGACUGAUGGAUUGGAUCCUAAUGACUUUGAGCCCAAGACAUUUUUCAAGUUACAUGAUGUCAACAAUGAUGGCUUCCUGGAUGAACAAGAAUUAGAGGCUCUAUUUACUAAAGAGUUGGAGAAAGUAUAUGACCCCAAAAAUGAAGAGGAUGAUAUGGUAGAAAUGGAGGAAGAAAGGCUUAGAAUGAGGGAACAUGUAAUGAAUGAGGUUGAUACUAACAAAGAUCGAUUGGUGACUCUAGAAGAGUUUUUGAAAGCUACAGAAAAAAAGGAAUUCCUGGAACCAGAUAGCUGGGAGACAUUGGAUCAGCAACAGUUCUUCACAGAGGAAGAACUGAAAGAGUAUGAAAAUCUGAUCUCUCUACAAGAAAAUGAACUUAAGAAAAAGGCAGAGGAGCUUCAGAAACAAAAAGAAGAAUUACAACGUCAGCAUGACCAACUUGAGGCUCAAAAGCUGGAAUAUCAUCAGGUCAUACAGCAAAUGGAACAAAAAAAAUUACAACAAGGAAUUCCUCCACCAGGACCUGAUGAAGAAUCGAAGUUUGAGCCAUACAUAUAAAGUCCGAAGUCCACCAGAACUUGGAAGAAAACUGUUAAAUCAACAUCUAUGUCAUCUUUUUACCUCCCUUCAUUUUUUUUCUCUGCUCAAUAAAUAUUUUAAAGCAUA